AUGUUUGAUUCCCAGAACGCGGCGUUUCUGGAAGCAAUCAAGAAGGCUGCCCUCGUGGUGUGCCUGGACGGCGGGUUGGAAGACGCGGAUCCCUACGAAGUGGCCUGGCCCCGGCAGGUAUACAAGGGCGGUCCGAACGCCGAAUAUGGAGCCAAUCGAUGGUGGGACAAGCCGGUUCAGGUGAUUGUCGGGGAAGACGGAGGGUCGGCACUUCUCUAUGAUCACACAGCCUUCGACGGCACCGUGAUGUCUAAAGUCACCAAUCACUGCUACGAUUACGCCCAGAAGGCAGGGAGCUUCGAAGCAUCUAAGGACGACGCGGAAGCAGCUCCACAAAAACUGGAAUUUGUUCUUGGGCCCGAUACGUUACACGAUAUAGAGAAAGCGAAAUCGUCCCAUGCAAGAUAUGCCGGCGGUACUGAAAGGCUCUUCUAUCAAUUUUCAAACUAUGGAAAAAAGUUCAUCCAGUCGUACAACAUGAGUCCGGACGGCUACACGCAGAUGGCAGUUCAACUGGCGGCCUUCAGGUGUAUUGGCAACCCAGUCAUGGUGUUAGGAGCGGCUUCAACUCGUCAAUUCCUUCACGGCAGAGUUGAUCCAUUUCACGCCUCCACGGAAGAGAGCCUCUCCUUCUGCAAGAUCUUUGACAGCCCCUUGGCAAGCAGGGAAGAAAAAGAGCAGAGCUUGAGGAAAGCCGUGGAAAGAUGCAAACAAGACGCCGUUUUGGCAGCGGACGGCCUCGGCGUGACUCGGAUGAUGUAUGGCCUGAUCAGCAUUGGCCUUGAAGACGGUAUCCCGAUUCAUCCUUUUUUCAAAAACCGGGUUUUAUGGCGCCCUCAUGUGAUAGCCAGCCAGGUGAAUCUUCAAUGCGACGGCACUACUUUGGACGAUCCUCCUCUUCCCGAUGUCUACAUGGCCACGUACAACAUCCGACCAGAAUCUUUCACUUUCGGCCUGAGUUGCAGCAAAUCUUUUCCCGAGAAGAACAUUUCCAAGUUCAAGGACGCCCUCGAGCAAGCCUUCACGGAUCUCAAAGUGUGCAUGGACAGAUCUUGUUAAGAGGUUGAUUGCGCAACGAAUGACCUCUGUCACUUCUUAUUUCUUUCUUCGCGGGAGUUAAAGGGCAAUACAGCAAAUGCAAAUUGUUAAAAAAAGAAACCCUGCCCUCCUCCUGAAAAAAAAAAUUAAGAAAAUGCAAGACAAAAAAAAAAAAGAAGUGGUAAACGGAAAUAAAGCCACGCAAACCAGUGGUUUGGAAUAGAA